AUGGCUAAAUGGGAGUAUAAUCCUGUUGCAAUAAGGUAUCAGAAUAAACAUCACAUAUAUGCCUCAUCAGGAAUACAUCUUAUUAUAAAAGAUGGGGAUAAUAAAGAAGUUAUUAUCGAUGAUUUUGUAUUGACUUUGAAUCAUAUUCCGAAUGUUUCAAAUUAUCAAAUUAUCAUAAAUGAAAUAACUCCCAAGAAAGACAUUGAUAAUGAGGAGGAGGAUGAUGAAAAUGUUAUGUGGGGGAUGGGAAGAAUUAGAGAGUUUAAAGAUAUUGAAUUUAAUAAACUUCAAGGAUUUGAUUUAUUUCCUAUUGAUUCAUUUCCACGUGAAUCUACUAAGAAAGUUCAACUUUUAAAACUUACAUCUAUGUCAUUGAGUAAAUCUGGACAAAUGAUUAAUUUAGAUAAUGAAUUAGAAAUAUCUGACAGGAUUAAACUCAAAGGAUAUCCAUUCAAUCUUACAAAUUCUUUAAUUUUUUCAAAUUAUCAAACUUUUGGAAAUAUAGUUGGGAAAUGUUCAACUGGGUUUUAUUUAACUGAUAUAAGAUAUGUUGAAAAUUUAAAUGGUGGGAUUGUAUUAAAAAACAAUAGUGAAGUAUUAUCUGGAUUAAUAUUUGGAAAUUUAAGGAAAAGAAAUGGUGAUGGUGAUUUAAUUGUAAUUAUUGACAUUCAAGAAAUUAUUAGUCUUUUAAAUAUAGAAAAGAUACCUGAUGUAAGACCUCGGGAAAGAUCGUCGGAUAUGACUAGUAUGAAGAUCACUAAAGUUGAUUCAAAACAAUCAAGAUCAAUUUUACCAUUAUUAAUUACCGAUUCACAAGGAAAUAGUACUUGGGGUACUUCAAUUCAUUAUACAAGAAAUAUACUAAUUACAAAUCAACAUGUAAUUGAACCAUAUUCAUCAAAUACUAAAAAAGGAAUAUGUCAAAUUCAAUUACCCACAAAUCAAAUAAUUCAAUUAUCAUCAAAGGAUGAAAUAAUAAUUCCUAUUAAAAAUUUAGAUCUUGCAUUUAUAUUAAUCAAAGAUUUACAAAAUCAAAAAAUCAUGAAUUCAAUUCCUAUAAUUAAAGGAAUUGGGAAAUAUAAUCAAGGAGAUAAAAUAUAUUCAUUAAGUUAUGGAUUAUUUUAUCAAUCAGGUAUGAAUCCACUUUAUUCACAAGGUGAAAUUAAUUGUAUUUAUUCAAUAAUUCCACAAAUUGGAAUUAAAUCAAAAAUUAAUGGAUUAAUUAUAACUUCAUGUAAUGUUUGGAAUGGUAGUAGUGGAGGUGGAUUAUUUACUCAAAAUGAUGAUUUAUUAAUUGGGUUAAUUUGUUCAAAUGCAAAUGUUAGAAUUCCUAUAGUUGAUAAUAUUAAUGAAUUCAAAUUAGAAAAAAAUACUUCAUUUCUGUUUAUAAUUCCAAUUGAUAUAAUUGAAUAUGUCUAUUAUUGUAUGAUUUUAGGUCAUCAAGAUGUUUCACAACUAAAUGAAAAUUUAAUUAAAUUAUGGAAUUUACAAUCUUUCCAUCAAGAUAUAUUAAUUCAAUCUACUAAAUUAUAG